CUUCCAGCCAGCCAACCCAUGCAGGUGACGGUGAAGCAGCUCUCAGGGGUCAGCCUGGACCUGGGGCUGAGCCCCUACACGACCAUCUGGGAGAUUAAGGAGGAGCUCGAGCGUGCCUGGGACAUCUCUCCCUACACACAGCGCCUGGCCCUGCAGGAGCCUGGCCUGGGAAACCAGCUGCUGCUGGACGAUCAGACCCUGGCAUCACACGGCAUCUUCUACGACACCACGGUUCUGAUGCUCACGACCGAACCCCAGUGGAUGGAGAUCUUCGUGAAGGACCAUAACAGCAGAACCCUGCCCUAUGGCGUCCGUGCCAGUGACACCGUCCUGGGCCUGAAGAAGAAGAUCGAGGAUCGCACGGGUGUCUCCGCCAGCCAACAGCGCCUGACGUUCAACAGCAAAGAGCUGCAGGACGACUGCACGCUCGCCCAUUACAGGAUCCGGAGCAAGAGCACCGUCUACCUGCUUCUGCGCCUCAGGGGUGGGUAAGAUGCUCACUGGGUCACCGGGACCUGCACCUCCAUGGGCAGGCGUCUGCUGUGCCCCCGGCCAAGAGAGCAGCACAGCGGGCUAUGUUUCCCAAGAGCCUUUGCAUGAUAAUUCAGGGCUUUGCUAAUGUGCCCCUGUCACCUUAGCAGUGAAAUAUAAUAGCUCACUGAAAGGUGACACGGGGCCAGAAUUGUUACUCUGAAACCUGAAUUAACUCACAGUCUGACCUGACCCAUGGCCGAACUGUAAAGACUUGUUAGGAAGAUAUGUGAAUGAACAGAGCUUUGAAAUGCAAGCCUGCCUUGCUAGAAGGGUAGCUGUUUGCUCAGGUCUUGUCAUGGAACCAAACAAGUCUUGUCUAUUGCUGUAGCUUUGAUUCAAAGACCCAAAAAGGGAUUUUAACAUUUAUGAUGACACUUGAGUGAAAUAGUAUUAUUGUCUGUAUGUCUCUUUGAAGGUUGUGAUAAACUGUAUAUGAACCGUUUAAUGGAUAAAUUACACUAUGCUAAUUGCCAGGAUGGUUGGGAGACAGAAGAUUAAGCUUAUUCUCUCAGGCCAAGAGGCUGGUGGAAAAUAUAUAAAAACGCUGGGACACCAUCCUGUUUUAACUCAGAUCUGCUUUGGGUUUCAAGAAGGGGAUACCCUGAGCCAUAAGGAUUGGGAUCCCCAGUCACUGACUGGAGUCACCCCAAAUAUGGACAUUGGACUAUAACCUAAAAGGAAUUUGGACACUACAAACUCAUCUCUGAUAUGUAUCUGAACCUCAAGAAUUGAAUUCAAGUCUGUAUGCAUAUUGAUCUUUUAACCAACACACUCUCUCUUUUCUUUUUAAAUAAAGUUUAGUUUAGUUAACAA